GCUUACGCUAAGUGUCAAGAAGCAAAACAUCGCCGUAAAAUUAUCUUACCUUCUGUGAUUUCAUGGGAGUAUGGUUCUAAUAAAUAUGCAAGUCAAAAAGGUACCACUGGUUUUGGUAGCAUUCGAAAUGCAACAACUCAAAUUACAAGUACCAAACAAUUAAGUGAAAGUAACGAUGGUGUGGUGCCAUGGAUCAACUGUCCUCAAUUACGAGAUAAAGAACUUGCAUCUCAGUCAGGUCUCACACCCUUUGGUGGUAUUCGAGAGCAUUCAAUUAAAGUAUUGGAUAAGGUAGGAGAAAAAAAAAAGGAAAUACACAAAAUUAUCAACGAUCAAGCAAGAGAAGGUAUUUUGAAAAUCUGGUCAACACCAAAUCCUGAAGCUAAAACUGACCAACCAUUUGGACAUCAUCGUCAUGCUGUAAUGGAAAUUAAAGGUGGUCGACAAUUUAGUCAGAAAGAGUUAAAUGCCAGUCGAGCGGCUAUUCCAAAGUUCCAAGAUCCUCGAGGAACUCUGGCAGCUAAGGCAGAAAAAAAUCGUUCAAUUGUACCAAUCACCAGCAGUAGCCAAAAUUUAACGAGUAUGGAAAAUCAGAUCAAAACUGAUGCCAAUGUUUUAGAUGCAGAUCAGUACAUGGCAUGGGUCGGAGGACAGGUUUAUUGA